AAAGGAGACUCUUCCAAUCCCACAGCUCCUUUGUACAAAACUGUAGCUGCCUCAUUAUACCAGUUUAUAUCAUCUGGAAGUAUAAUCAGGUCAGAUAGUGAGGCUAUGGAGAUGAACAAAACGUGUUCUUUGAAACGGGAAGAAGAAGAGUUCGAUUUUAAGUUGGUGAGAGAAAAAGGAUGUGAGUUGCUCAAUAUGCUGGAAACCACGGACUUUGAACUUCAUGUUCAGGAGCCCUUUUUCACAUAUCUUAAAAGUGGAGACAAAACCAUUGAAGGAAGGUGUGCUACCGAUCAAUACAAAAAAAUUGAAGUUGGAGCGUCAAUCCUUUUCAACAAAUGUUUACUUCUUCAGGUUCAGGAUCUUCAUUAUUAUGCUUCAUUUCGUGAGAUGCUUGAAGCAGAGCCUCUCUGUAAAGUACUUCCAGGAGUUGAAACCACAGAAGAAGGAGUUCAAGUUUAUAGAAAUUUCUACUCAGAGGAGAAGGAAAUGUCAAAUGGUGUUCUUGCUAUAUGCGUCAAGAAACCAAUGUGGCAGCCUUAUCUCUCAAUGGCCUCAAUAAUAUCGGUAAUUAUACCAUAUAUUCAACUGCUGUUAAAAAUGUAGUAAUAAACUGCCAUUCUGGCAAGCACAGGUGAACUUCACAUGGCGUUCAUGAUAACUUUUAAUUUCACAGAUUCACUUGUUGGAUGCAUUCAGUGAUGUGUGUGUAUUUGUAAUGAGAAAUGUUAUACGAGUAUAUACAACCAAUUUGUAUAACACACUGUAAAACAAGUUUCUUUGUACAACAGACAAGAUUUAUGUUAACAAGGUCAAGAGAUACUCUUGUCAUUGUGAUUUUAUGUUGUGAGACAGAGAGCAAAAAAAUUGUUGGUAAUGGGUAUUGGUAUUUUCUUCUUCUUUCUAGACAUAAAAUCAAACUCAUUUUUUCUCUAUGGAAAAAGUCAUGUAUGAUGGAAUUGUAAAUGUUUUAGAAUGUUUUUUCUUUAGUUCAAGUAUACUGUAUUUAUUAGCUCAUGGCAAUAUGGUCUUACCGCAACUUUGAAAGUUCAUUCAGGAUUUAAGCCUCGGAGGCCUUCAGAGCCUACUAGAUGUUUACACAUAGGUCGGAACAAUGCUGAUGAAUGCAGCCCCGACGUCAUUCUAAAACGGCUAAUCAUAUCAUAUCUGUUGCAGUUUUGCCUCAUAAACCUCCUUUCUGUGUUUGCUUUGUUGGAUAGACUAGGCUAAUUCCUAUGUAUUUUAUGUAUAAAAACUACAAUAUGAGCCAAGCCUGCUGUACCGGAUUGAGUUUUAAGUAAUACUCCAUACAUUGUUUUGUAGCAAUUUUUAUUUAUAUUUCAGAAAUAAAUGAGAAGGGGACAAAGUAAGAGGGGCUAGGCCGAAACCUCUUAUGAAAGGCAUCCCUUUCAGCAAUACAAAGUUAAAGUA